AUGCCACCUUUGAAUAAAAAAAGACACCAACUUGAGGCUGCUAGAAAAUCAAAAGGUAAAUGUGCUCGUUCAGAAAAAAAUAGGACAGUAUAUGAAUAUGAUGAACAAGACGAUUAUGAACAAAUAAAUGAAGAACUGAAUGAUCAUAUGUGGGUAGAUGAAAAGAUCGAUAAAAGAGCUGCUGAUUACUUUGAUAUUCUACUUUUAGCUGGUAGGAACAAUAAUGUUUGGAAGACUUCGGGAAGGCUCAUUGUUAAUUUUGGUGAUUCUGGAAGAACUUUAAGGCGAAAAAAAGCUGUGUUAAAAAAAGCCGCUCAAAAUAUUCAACCUAUUACCUUUCACUUAUCUUCUGCUUCAGCCCACUCCUUAGCAUCUAACACCACUUCGACCUGUGCACUUUCAGAUACAGUUGUAUUGGUACAAUCAGCAGAGGAAAAUAGAGAGAAAAAUAUCGAAGAAAUUAUGGAGAGAAUUAUGGAGAGAAAUACGAAGAGAAAUAUAGAGAAAAAUAGGAAAGGAAUUAUGAAGGGAAUUGUGGAAAGAAAUACGGAGGAAAAUAUAGAGGAAAAUAAAGAGGGAAUUAUAGAGGGAAAUACAGAGAAAAAUAUGAAAGAAAAUACGAGAGAAA